CAAAGCAAAGUAAAGGAGUCAUGACAGAGACUUUAUGUCUGUAUCUACCCUUGACCUUCCAAACCCUAGAAUCAAAAUUCCACAUCUGAAAUAAACAAUCGGAAAUCAAUAAAAAUGGGUUAUCUUUCUCACCGAGUUGAUCCAGAUGAACUGAAGCCAGGAGACCAUAUUUACACUUGGAGAACUGCAUUCACUUACGCCCACCACGGUAUUUAUGUUGGUGGAAACAAGGUGAUCCAUUUCACCUGUGAUCAAGAAAACGCUAAGUCUAAUUCUGGAUGGAACUUGUCUUCUAGUCUUCCACUUCCAUCUUCAUGCUUGAACUCUUCAUCUUUAAACUCAUCAUGUUUGAACUCUUCGUGUUUGAACUCUUCAUGUUUGAACUCUUCAUCUUUGAACUCUUCGUCUUUGAACUCAUCAUGUUUGAACUCUUCGUCUUUGAACUCAUCAUGUUUGAACUCUUCGUCUUUGAACUCAUCAUGUUUGAACUCUUCGUGUUUGAACUCAUCAUGUUUGAACUCUUCGUGUUUGAACUCUUCAUGUUUGAACUCUUCAUGUUUGAACUCUUCAUCUUUGAACUCUUCGUCUUUGAACUCUAUUGACUGUGGAUUUUCGCUACCUAAUUGUGAUUCUGGUUUAUGUUUAUGCACUUACUACUGUGGAUUUCAUCUACCAGAGAGUGGAGUAACUUCCUCUUGUUUAAAUUGUUUCAUUGGAACUGGAUCACUGUACCUUUAUCAGUAUGGAGUGAAUAAAUGGAGGCAUUUGUCCAAACUCCGAGGUGGCACAUCCACCACUGCGCCAUGCGAUCCACCCCAAGUUGUGAUCCACAGAGCCAUGUGUUUGUUCAACUCUCAAGCCGGAUUUGGAAAGUAUGAUGUAUAUACAAACAACUGUGAGGAUUUCGCUUUGUAUUGCAAGACGGGCCUUUUGAUUCCUGUCAAGCGCGUUACUGGAAGCAGUGGUCAGGUGAAUUUCAUCUAUAAUGCACCAUGGAAGACUGCUCUUGUUUCAGUAGCUCUAAAAGUUGUUUGUGGCACCGUCGCGGGUGCAGUCGGAGGAGGGUACACAGUUGGGAAGCAUUAUAUGAACAGAUAUAAAUACGACAUUGGUGUUCGAAAUGAUGUUGUAAAGGUUAAGGUGGAAGAUGUGGGAUCUUUUCGUGGUUGUUAACAAACCUGUGGAAUGUAACUGGCGCAUCAUGUAAUCGAUAAGCUUAUGGUGUUUGAUGUGAAUUGUUAUGUUAUUGUUUAUUGUUCAAAAAGUUGUAAUUUGAGACGGGUCUUUUGUUAUCUCAAUCGCUUUCCUUA